GCGCCGCUUUUCACAACUCAUCAUCCUCGUUCAUCCUGCGCACAUACCCUCUCAACACUCUUCCCCUCCCUCUUGACUACUCCAGGCAUUCGCUUUUCCGGAAGCGCCCUUGGGUUUUGGCAGAAACCCCCUCGGCGCUAUUACCGAUACAACACCCCAUCGUAUCGGGUCAGCCGCCUUGCCUCCCUCUUUUGCGCCCCCCUCCCGAAUUCCGUUGCCUGUCCGGUAUAUCGACGGGACCGCCGGCUGCCGCCCAUUGAACCUGCAUCUGCAGACCGAAAAUCGUUGGUUGCCUUCACCUUCGUUCGAAUUUUCAUCGCAAGUCUUGUUUCACUCCGACUCUGCCUUGCUGAUCGGUGUGGGUGAAUCGUUCCUCCCCACCACUCACCCGGCCAGUUGGUGUCUCAGCAACGACACCACCCCUUAGUUCCGACCUCGCGACUACCGUCUGAUAAGGAUUGCCAGAUGGCUGGCGUGCAGCUUCAACAACCCAGCAUGACUGAUUACCGCUUGCCGAUUCACCAACCGCCGCCGGCCCGGAAGCCGGUCGCGGGGAUGCAUUCUGGAUAUCCCUACCAGUCCUAUGAAGGGGCCCACCACCAGCUUGCCCCUCAUCCGUCUGCAGCUGUUCUCGCACACAACCGUCGACGAACAUCCUCCUCUCAUGUUAUUCCCUAUAUGGGACAGCAACAGCAACAUUCCGCUGGUCCUUCCCCGCAUCAUUCCAUGACGGCGGCGGCUCCUUAUCCCCCCUCGAGGCGCCUGUCUAGCGCAACCACCUCGACCAGCUCCACCGGCAACAACCCAAACAUGCAUUACAGUGGUAAUGUCUCGGACAUACGACGAAGCACCUCGUCUCGCUCGGCUAACGCUCAACUGGGAUAUGUCGCCCUGAUGCGGAGGCAGAAGGCGACCGUUUGGUGUGACCGGGCCCAGCCAGAAGAUCCGCGACUGCGGGCUCAGAAAUUGGUGGAUAAGAAGCGGGCAUACCUGGAAGUCCAUGGCGCAGGCGCCGGACGUACGGGUACCUUGGGAAGCGGCAAAAACAAACAUGGCACGAAAGACUUCUCACCCUCGGCGCUUGUUGGGGCCACAGUCCCAGUUCGUCUUAGUGCCAAUGAAGUAGGCGAUGCCGACGAAGACGCUCAGAGCGAGCGUGGAUUUCCGUACCGGCGUACAGGCAGCGGUCGCAGCUCGCUUGGGAGCAACUCGCGCUAUCCUAGUGGAUACCAGCGCAGUACUAUGGGUAGCAGUGGCUCUCCAUCAAAUGAGCUGAGUGACUUGCCCGACGUUUCUGAGCACCCGCGAGCAGAAAACGCUGAAGCUGAGGCGGAGCGCACUUCUGUCAAGGAUAGUGCCUCGAUGAAUAGCCUAGGCAGCGAACCGGAGGACAAAUUCGGCACCUUAGCAGAUAUGGCUGCUCCCAGCGCGGCGCAAGCCGCCAUUGAAAAGGCCAAAAAAGCGGAUGAGUUGAGGCGCCGAGGCAGUGUGGACGAUAGGACGACAUCAAUGACCAAUGUCCGACUUUUUGUCGCGAAUCCGGAUCUGAGUGAUUGAGGUGGAUCUAUACUGCGCUUUUGGCAUUUUGGAUAUACCAUGUCCCGUCUCUACCUACCUCCUGAGUCUCACCCUUUCACUCUCAGUCGGACAUCUCUCUCUUCUUCGUUUUCCCUCAUCCAGUUUCGCCUCGGAUCCCACGAUUGGCGUCUAGGCUUUUGUUGUUCAAAAGCCUUGACCCAAAUGUU